AUGUCACAAGCAACCAUAAACAAACGCUUCAUCGCCAAUCACAACCACCACUUGCAACCACAGCCACGACCACAACGAUCUCUCACAACCACGACCACCAUUUGCAACCACAACCACGACCACCACUCACAACCACAACAACAACCACUCACAACCACAAACGCAACCACAACCACCACUUACAACAGCAACCACGACCACCACUCAACCGCAACCACAACCACCACUCACAACCACGACCACCACUCACAACCGCAACCACAACCACCCCGCAGCCGAGCGCCCUCUGGUGUUGACGUGGCGCUCAUUCGCACUAGUUAUCCCGGCAAAUUCGGUUACGCACGCCGGCCGCCCGCUGAUGGGACCAAUCACCAGCCUCGCCCGCCUCCGACGACAAUCAUUUCGACCAAUUAA